AUGACAAUAGCUGAAGCCAGACGUAAAUUUUCCUUACAACCCAAAUCUAGAGAAUUUCCAGAAUAUGAUUGGGGUGCGUUCUUAAACUAUCUCUUAGUUUCAGCAUCGUUUGAUUCAAGAAUCCAAUGGCCUGAAUGUAUUCAUCCUAUUCAAAAUGAUGAUGGAUGCUAUGGUGGCUGGGCAUAUGCAGCUAUCGAGAUCUUUUAG